ACGCUCCGCAGUAGUAAUGCGACCGCUUCCGAGGAGUGUGCUCGCGACAGUGUCGCCGCUCUUCCAAAUCUCGGUAUUCUCCGACUCGUUCUUCGAUCUGUGAAGCAAUAAGCUCAUACAGCAGCCGAGCUCCUCAUCGCCGAUAAGUGUGUGCAGUCGUUCGUUCGCCCGACGUCCGCCGUCGUCUGCUAGCGAGCCCCGAAAAUUUUCGGCCCUACGCCUCGGCAAGCGUCUGCUGUACCUUUCGUGGCAUCGUUCGCUCGCGUCGUCCGUGCAUAGAGUUGGCUGGUUGAACAGUGCGCGCGAUGUACUCUUUUCGAAUGCAGAGGAUUUCUUUCGAGGGAUGAAGCCGCAACGGAGGAUCGGCCCAGUUCGGCGCAUCCCCUGCGGCGACUGACUCUCUUCCCCCGAGAACCGACUCCCAUUGAGAUUCCAGCUCGGCCCCCGACUCCGAGAAGCCUCGUGCAAUUAACACGAAUACCGAGCCAUAAACCGCAGGUAUACAGUGCCAGUACCCGACGAAUUUGCCCGUGUGUCGAAGGAGCAGCAGCAGCAGCUGAGAGACACGAUGACGAUGGCUCGCGCGUUCCGAGCUAGACGGCAGCAUCGGCGCCGCUGCAUCGAGGCGACGACGACGUGACAACCACGUGCUCCAUCCCCCAAGACAGCUCCUGUGUCAGGAUCGCUACGUCGGUACUGGCAUCCUCGCGUGCGUACCCCUGUGCCGGUGAAUCAUGUGAAUUUGUGAAUUAAUCGUGAUCUAAACAACGUCCUUUGAAGUGAUAAACAAGGAGUGCAAUAGUAUCUUGUAUAGUAUCUAAUGUCUAGGGCCCAGUGUAGCGAUUGGCAAAACUAGCUAACUACAGCCGUGUCAAGUGUUUUUCGCAGCGAGUAUACAGUGUUCUCGUCGAGUGAGGUACAGUGCGCGGCGAGUAAUGCAACGCACACUAUAGUCAGCUGCAGCCCCGACAACCAGAACAGAAGCAGUGCUCAGAGUGAACUCGGAUCGCGCGGAGCCCUCGGCGGAAGGAGUCGUCCGCCGUCCGUCCGUCCGUCUGUCUGCCUGCCUGCCUGUGCCGGAGAGCACCAGUACAUCGGAUCCAUAGUCUGAGGGCCUUCGUGCCACCCCGGCCAACGUCAUUCUUUCAACCCUGUCGUGCGGCGGCGCGAGCCAGAGCGGUAGCGUGUUCGGCUCGAGCCUCGUGUUCGGCGAGACGGGUGGCGUCGUGGAGGGGGGAGUAAUGCCGGUGAGGGUGGCGCCGCGCCCCCCAGGUGGACUACUCCACGGCGGCGUGCCGGUAGCGCCGAGCAGCGUAGUGAGCGGUGGUCCCGGCUCGGUCUCCGCUGCUGCAGCGGGCCGUUGCAGCCUCGGCGGACCAGCACAGAGCGGUUCUCCCCCUCUGUCGACCUCAUUGGGUCUCGGGGCCGGCGGUCCCGGAGGUCCCGGCGGCGCGGGCGGACCCGCACCCGGAGGCGUGGGCGGCGGAGGCGCUGGGCCAGGAGGCCCCGUCAGCGCUCAGAACCCCCUGCAAGCGAUGGCCUCGGCCGCCGCCUCGCUCACCCAGCUCAACAACAUGGCCAACGGGCCCUUGCCACCGCUCGGAAGCGGGCCGCAGGGCCCGCCGAGCCUGCCACCCCCGCAGCCGGCCACGACGCCGACUCACGGCGGUCCUCCAACGCCUCAUCAGGCGGGAGUCGGUGGGCCCCACCUCAACGGGGCCUCGCCGAGCCCCCACCCUAUGCCCCACGGCAUGAUGAGCGGCUCGCCGCACGCGGCCCACCCGCACAUGGCCGGUGGAGGGCCCUCGCCCCACCCGCACCAUCCGGGGCCUCACAUGGUCGGCUCGCCGCAUCACCCGGGCCCUCACAUGGGACCCGGGGGCAUGAUGGGACCCGGAAGUAUGCAGGGCCCUCAGGGCGGUCCCGGCAUGUGUGGACCUGCGGGACCCGCGGGCCCGAUGGGACCACACGGACCUCAUCCACAAGGACCAGGCGGAGUACCUGGCCAGCCUCACAUGCACAACGAUCCGUUCUACUGCUCGCCCUUCGGAUCGCCGUACUUCAGAUCAUCGUUGCCUGUCCCCAGGAGGCAGCCCCCGUACUACCAGCAGCCGGACUACCGAUUCUACGAGCUCAACAAGAGGUUACAGCAGCGCACCGAGGAGAGCGAUAACCUCUGGUGGGACGCGUUUGCGAACGAAUUUUUCGAGGACGACGCAUCGCUGACGCUGACGUUUUGCCUGGAGGACGGACCCAAGAGAUACACGAUAGGAAGGACGUUAAUACCCAGGUACUUCCGCUCGAUAUUCGAGGGCGGAGUGACGGAGCUUUACUACAACAUGAAGCAGCCGAAGGAGUCAUUUCACAACACCAGCAUAACGCUAGACUGUGAUCACUGCGUAAUGGUCACGCAUCACGGGAAGCCGACCUUUACGAAGGUGUGCACGGAAGGCAGGCUAAUUCUGGAGUUCACUUUCGACGACCUCAUGAGGAUAAAGUCGUGGCACAUGGCAGUCAGGCAGCACAGAGAGCUCGUGCCCAGGGCGAUAGUCUCGAUGACGACGACGCAGGACCCCUCGGCGCUCGAGCAGCUUACCAAAAACAUCACGAGGCAGGGUAUCACCAACUCGACCCUCAACUACCUUAGGUUAUGCGUUAUCCUGGAGCCGAUGCAGGAGCUGAUGUCGAGGCACAAGGCUUACGCGCUCUCGCCGCGCGACUGCCUGAAGACGACGCUGUUCCAGAAGUGGCAAAGGAUGGUUGCCCCGCCGGGUAAGAGAGAAUCCCAGAGGCCGACCAAUAAGAGAAGAAAGCGAAAAGGCAGCACGUCAGGUCCGGGAAACAAUGCACCACCAGCACCUAGUAAAAAGAGAUCGCCGGGACCCAACUUUUCCCUUACGACUCAGGACGUAAUGGUUGUUGGCGAGCCAUCGCUGAUGGGAGGUGAAUUUGGCGACGAGGACGAGAGACUGAUAACGAGGCUGGAGAAUACGCAAUAUGAUGCGGCGAACAGCCUCGAUCCACACAGUCACGAGGCGUCGGGUGGACCGCCACCUCAUCCCCACCAGUUCCAUUCGGAACCACAGCCCGGUAACUCCUGGCCCCCAGACAGGGGUCCAGGCCCACCACAGGGCGGACCAGGAAACCAGGGAGUACAAGGACCUCAGGGCGGCGCAGGAGCGGGUGUGCAGGGAUCGCAGGACGCCAGCCAGCAGCAGCAAGACAAGAAGAGCCCCGCAGUGAGCCAGUGAGGCCAGGAGUCCCCGCGCCCCCCUACCAGGGGGCGACGGGGGCGCAGGCCCAAAAAUGUGGCUCCCUAGCGGGGCGAGAACUCUCAACUCCCCUCAGCCUACCUUCCUGGCUCCAGCGGCCUCUCGACCUCGUCGGCCGCCACGUCCUCCCUGCCCUCGACCGCCGCUCGCUUCUCCCAAAUCGGCACGUUACCUCUGCCCCCGGGGCCCCAGCACCUGCAGCAGCAGCAACAGCAGCAGCACAUGGUACCGCCGUCCUCUCAUCCACACUCGGCGAUGGCCAUGGAGGCGCUGCAGCAGCAGCCGGGUCAGGGGACUGCCGGAGGCCUCAGCCAAUUGCUUCAGCAGGGCCAGCAGGCCCUCAGUGCCACGGGACAGGGUCAAAAUCCCCUACAAAGCAUCUUGCAGCAGGUCUUCUAUCUGCAGCAGAUCGAGUAUCUGCUUACACAGCACGGCCACAUCUAAGUUUUAGGGCUCUGUGAUUGAAGCAGCAGCACUCUUCCAGGCCAGGGGUCUACUGUGCCGUCGAUUGUGCAAAGGAGUCUGUGCGCGAUACCGACCAAGCGAAAUGUGGCUCUACUACCGAUCCGAAUACUGAGCAUUCGUCUUCAUAUAGGGGUUGCGCGUCAGCUGUACUGCGUGGAACGUUGGAUUUCAUGUAUACUCGAUUGUCAUGAACGUUUCGAGAAUGAUGGCAUCAGCUAUGUCCUUGGAAUUCAGUAAGGAGCGCGUUCAUGAUCCGUGGUGACUAACUUUUUCCGAAUUUCGCCGUCUGUUACACAAAGUACGUCAAAAUUACGAAAUUGCAAUGAUUGAAACUUAUCGCGAAUGGCGAAAAUCCAAUUUUGCGCGUGGUAUGGCACUAGUGGUAAUGUAGUAUGUACUCUUAUGGCCCCUAAACAAAAAAAAAAACUCAAUGUACGUAAAAUGUAAAUUCGCUUACUGGACCUAACGUUACGCAGUGGUUCAAUGAAUCAUUACAACCAUUUCAAGAAAGAUUCGUUGAAAAACGUAUAAUAAAAUAUUCAGUUUCAAGUUUUCACCGACGGAAAUGGUUCAUAAAAUCUAUUUAAACUUAGCAUAAUGGAGAGACGGCGAAUUUCCGUUUGGCCAAAAUACGUAUAAGUCAAGUGAAAUUGUACAAUAUAUCGGAAAAAUAAGAGCUAACAAAGUCGGUAUUCAUUUUCCGUGGCACACUCCCUUGUCAUUGGACUGAUAUUGCGCGAGCAAAGGAGGGUCGAGGAUCUAGGACUAAACUGUCGCACUUGCACACCCACACAUAUACAGAAAAUGACGAGAGGGACGAUCGAUAAAUAGAUUUCGUAUAGUGCAUAUAAAGUGAGCAUUCGGCGUGUGAUAUAUUAUAUAUAUACGUGUGACGCGAGGUAUAGGGGAAUAUACAUAGGUUAUACAUACAAGAGAUAAAUGAUGACGAAAGCGAAGAACAAAAGGUUAAAUAUGAAUAGGACAAGCAAAAGAAGAAAGAAAAUCAGGAGCGGAACGUGUGUGACUCUUGACUAUGUGACAAGUAAAAAACAAAUGAAAGAACGCUGGAAGAUUUUACGAGUUAAGAAAAUAAGAAGAAAUAUCGUCACACGCGGCAGGGACGAUUUUAUCCGAACGCUCUGGUGCGGAGCUGUGAAUGAAUCUCUAUCCGUCAACAGUAUUGAUAUAAUUAAUAGAGUAAAUGAAGUAUAAUAUUGUAAGGAGAAUCUAGCGUAAGAAUGUACUGUGCAAGCGUUUGUAAGCGAGGAGAGAGAAAGUAAAAAAGAGUGAGAGGCAGCGAGAAAGUGGGAGAAAGAUUGACAAACGAAGAAACGCCGACGUAUAUGAAAAUUAAAAUAACAAGAAACAAGCGAGUAACGAAAAGAUGACGGAGAGAGAUAAAGACGUAUAUGCAUAUUUUUUGAUUUUUCUUCAUAAUCAAAGAAAACAAAAAAGUUUAAAAUUUUGCAUUUUAGUAUCACAUAUACAUUGCAAAAUACUUCAUUUUUAUAAAUGUUUUGGAACAAAAUUUUACUUUCAAGUGAGAAAGUAUCGCUAUCAAUAAAAACAUGCUCUACAUUAAAUAACUAAGAGUGGCAAAACAUAUUAUUUUAGUCAAGAGCAAAACCGUAUUCGAGAUUCAUUUUUUUCGAUGAAUUUCACAGGAAUAAAUCAACCCGAUUCUUGCAUAUUGAUCAUAAUCUUCUGGAUAUAUUUUUGUAGCGAAGCGAGUGUUUGAUAUAAACUUGUUGAAAGUGUGCAGUGGUUGUGGAAUUACGCUACAAAAAUGUAUCUGCAAACUUUGAUAUUCAAGAAUCUUCUGUUUACUAAACGCGUUUUAAUUUUAAUUUGAAAGAGUUAUGCGUCAACGAAAAAAAUUUAUCUCUGUACUUUCUGCCAGGCCUGGAACAGAAACUGUAUACGAAUAGUUCCUGGUUUUCUAAGUUAUGCAUGGCAUAACAUAUGUUCCUUAUUAUAUUUGUUCCUAUACUUUUUUAUUCAUUGCUCAUGAAUUAUUUCCAACAUUAAGUAUAUUGAUUAUAAGAAUUAUACAAUGGCAGGGCAUUAAUUGACCAGUAAUUUGUAAGUUUUUAACAUUCAUUUUAAAUUUUUAGUAUUGCCUAGUUUGGAAUCACAAAAUCAUUACGAUUUUGAAGGAUAUCCAAGAAUUUUUCAAAUACAAUCAUUAGUUGUUAUGUAAUCAUUACUUUUAAUCUUAAGACUGGCAGCAUCGCUGCAUUGGAAAUGUAAAACUAACCAUUUAUAAGAAAGUGAGCCUCAACUGAGACUUUCAAUGCUGUCAGGUCAAGCUAAUUUUUACUUCAUUUCGUAAAUUAUUUAAACGAGGCUUCAAGACUCUAAGAAGUCUUAGCUUAGUGUAAGAAAAUCCUCUUUAUAAUUAAGUGAUAACGUUUUUACUCUUGCCUAUGCCACUCCAAGUUUUUAAAAUGUAUUAGAUGGUGAUUUUUAUCUGAGCGCAAAACUGUGUAACACCUUUCUACCUUCUCCUAAUAUUGAACAUUGCAAAAAAAUAGACUUUAAGAGGGUGCGAAAAAUGCGAAUCGUUGAAGGUAUUUGUAAAACUUACAAAGUCGUAACGGUGAGUCCUCAUCAAUGUAAAAUAGAUUUAUUUAGAAAACUUAAACUUUUAAAAACUCUCUCCUCAUCUAAAUAUCAAUAAGAAGUCGCAGAAACAUCUCGUUCUCGCUUUAUUAUAUGUGUAAAAAGAAAGAUUAUAAAUACCAGCCAAUUUAGUUUGUAGUACGUAUUUGAAAAACUAUUGCAAAUAAAAGAGGAUUUUCAAACGGAAGACCAUCGAAUGAUGCAGAUUUGUUCACACGCCACACAAGGAUCACCGUUUUUAAAAAUGAUAAAUGAUAUGAACAGUAUACACCAAUCAAGAAUUAGUUGAUUUAUGCCACGUGUGCAGAAAAAGCCAGUACAGUCCCACAGCGCGAUAUUUUUGCGCGAAAGUAUAAAGAAAAAGAAAAUGCGAGGAUGCAUGUCUAUAAUAGAGUUAGAGUGUUUGUGAGUGCAUGAAAAGAUUAGAGAGACAGAAAAAAUGUAGGAGCGUUCCGUGGGUUUUAGCAUAAAUGAUCUAUUGAAAAAUGUUGUAUAUUAUUACGAAUUAUAAUGAUACUAUUAUAAUUAAUUAAUUAUUAUACCCUAAAUAAUGUGAAUUGAAUUUAAACGACAAAAAUACAUGAAUGAUAAGUAAUAGGAAAUUUUUCAUAGGAAGCUUGCACGAUUUUUAAUUAGAGUGUUUUUUUAAUUUUAACAAGAGUUUGUUAAAAAAUAGCAAAUAAGCCUAUCCAGCGACUGUUUUCUGUACGAUAUCCUGUUAUUUAUAAUUCUUUAUCGCACGGUAAUAAUAAGGCAAAAUCGAUUUUAUUAUUUUUAUCAGGCUUUUGAUUAAAAUUGUAAUUAAAAAUCGUGCACAUUUCCUAUUGUUAGCGAAGCACACAAAGUCGCAUAGCAAAUAUCGAUCUGCUUGAUUAUGAAUGGGGAAGCGAGGAAGAAAAAUAAAAAUAAAACUUUUUAACACCAAUGCCGAUGACGAAAGUUAAACUGUGGAAGAUGGACAUUGAGCGCCUAAAUUAUUAUUUUUUAUUCAUUAGGUAUUAAGAGAAGUGCAUUAUCAACAAACAUUCGAUGUAGGAUAUAUAUUGAAUCGCGCAACGUCAUCGACUGUAAAUAAAUCAAUAUAAAUUAUUCUCUUGUCGUAUAUUAAUUUUUUAUUCUUGCUUUUUAAGUUGUCUUGUUUCUUUAAAUGUGGAUGGUCGAAGAUGUUGAAAAUGCAUUUUUAUGUAAGUGCUAAAAGGAUUUGCCACGCUUCGAGACAUUUUUAAUAUAUAAAAUGAAGUUUUUAGACAGUAUAGACUGUGGCGUUCCCAAAUUUUUACUCGUCUCUUAAGGUAAUCGAAUUUUACACUGUAAAAGCCGAAUAUUGCUGGUUUAAUUAGUGUACUUGGGCCGAUUUACUUUGUAGGUAUAGAGCUAUAUUUUCUGUUUACCGCGGAACACAAUUAGUUUUUAAAUUCUUUCAAAGGUUUAUUUUUAUGUUCUCGAGGUUUGAAGAUUAGAUGUGUACCUAGAAUCGUUUGACAAUGUUUAUCUUCAAACCAUAUGAUUUUUUGUACUUUGGUAAGGGAUGAAGAAUAUUUGUAAGUCUCUUAUUAUAGCUCAGGGAAUAGCUGGAUAAAAAAGAUGUUUUUAAAAUUUAUUAUCGAUGUUCAGAUCAGAAUUCUACGAGGAAGCUAAACGCGAUGAUGAGCAGGUUGUAAAUAAAGCUAAAACCAAAACGAGUCUAGAUCUUGUGAAAGAUGACUUGAAAAGUCAAUUGCUCAACUAUCGAGACUUGCAGUUUUGGUUUUAUUUUCGAAGCACUUAAGGAUGAAUUUACGUGGCUUUUAAAUAACGUCAAAUAAAUCCGGGAAAAAAGAAGAAGCUCCAUGUCUGUAGUCCAAGUUUCUUUGUCAGUAUCUCGGUCAGACGACGAUUUUAAUGAGACCGAUCUUAUAAGCGACGAAUGUGCACCGACAUAUUGUAUAAAAAAAAAAAAAAAUACUAGCGAAAUAGGGGCGAUUAUUGCGUGCAAGGAUAUAACAUUUACCCUUUAAGUGGACAUGGGUCGGCUUGGUAUAUUAUAUUAAUAUACAUUCAAAGUUGACUCAUUGCCAUGACCAAUAAAGUAAUAAGGAAAAA